AUGACCACCCACGCCACCGCUGCCGCUACGCAGUUAACCACUGCCGACCUCCGCAACGCCGUGCCACCCCUGGACGGAGAGUUGAUCCUGCCCGGGCUGCACGCUGCCGUGCAGGUUUGGCGGGACGAAUGGGGCAUCCCCCACAUCCGCGCCACCGAUGAGCACGACGCCUGGUUCGCCCAGGGGUUUGUUACGGCUCAGGACCGGUUGUGGGCGAUGGAAUACGACCGGCGCCGCGCCGUUGGUCGUUGGGCCGAGGCCGCCGGCGUCUCUGCCGUGGGCCAGGAUAUGCAGAUGCGCCGCCUCCGCCUCGAAGACGCCGCCCGCGCCGAUUGCGCCGCUGCUGGCCCUCGCGCUCAGGCCAUGUUCCAGGCCUACGCCGACGGCGUCAACGCCUUCAUCAACAGCGAUGCGCCGUUGCCCGCGGAGUACGGCAUCACCGGAAUGACGCCCGAGCCGUGGGAACCGUGGCAUAGUCUGGCCGUCUACAAGGUGCGCCACAUUUUCAUGGGCGUGUUCGAGAGCAAGGCCUGGCGCGCCCGUCUCGUUCGGGAACUGGGCCCAGAGCGUGCCGGACAGCUAUUCCCGUCUUACCCGCCCGGCCAACCCGUCAUCAUUCCCACCGGCGCGGAUUUCAGCGGGUCUGCCGACGUCGGAUAUCAACAGCUGCUGGAUGGCGCGGCCAAUCUGAACCUGAUUGGCGAGAUGGACAGCGGCUCCAAUUCCUGGAACCACGUGGCCUGCGACGCCUUCGACGUGGUGGGCAAUUCCUUCGCCGGUGUGCCCGGCUUCCCCCACUUCGGACAUAACCAGUGGGUGGCCUGGUGCGUUACCCACACCAGCGCCGAUUAUCAGGAUUUGUACAUCGAGCGGUUCAACGACGCCGACGCCUCCCUCUACCAGCGUCAGGAUGACUGGUACAACGCCGAUGUGCGCGAUGAGGUCAUCAAGGUGCGCGGCGGCGGCGACGUUCACCUGCGGACCUGGGCUACGCACCACGGCCCCGUGGUCGGCGGCGACCCCAUGUCCGGCUACGGCCUCGCCCUGCGUUACACCGCCACCCCGAUCUUUUACAGAAAUCAGGGCGACCCGUGGACGGACAUCCUGCCGGCGAUGCUGGAAGCCCAAAGCGUCCACCAGCUGGCCGACUCCAUGAAUGGUUGGGUCGAUCCCGUCAACAACUUUGUGAUGGCCGACGUCGACGGCAAUAUUGGCUACCAGUGUCGCGGCUACCGGGCUAUGCGCGUGGCCGAGCGAAUCCGCACCAUGCCCAAUCCAUCGGCCAACGAUAUGGGACGCAUCCAUUCCGAACGCGUGUCCCUGCCCGCCCAGGCCUACGUCGCCGCCCUGCAAGCAGUCCCGAUGCCGGCGGACCCGGCGGUGGCCGUUGCUCUGGCCAGGCUCCAGGCAUGGUCGGGCGCCAUGGACGCCGACGCCGUCGAGCCAACCAUCUACAGCGCCACGCGAGAUGUGUUGCAGUGGCGGAUACUGAAGCACAACGUCGGCGAGAACCUGGCUGCCCUGUCCUGGCAUCCGGUAGACCGUGGUCGCGGGGGUUUCGUCAACCGCUUCCGCAUCCUGAUGAACGAUGCCAUCGCUGCCGGCGAUCCCAGCCUGCUGCCGUCCGGCGAAACCUGGCCAUCCGCGCUGGCUGCAUCGCUGGAAGAGGCCGUGGCCAUCCUCGGCAACCGGCUGGGCCCAGACCUGGACACCUGGCGUUGGAACAAAUUGCAUCGGGCCAAACCACAGCACCCCCUGGCAAUGGCAGACCCGGAACUCGCCUCGCUGCUAAAUCCGCCCGAGAUACCCACCGGCGGCGACGGCGAUACCCCCUGGGCCGGCUCGUACUCGCCAGCCGACUUUGCCACCGUGGGCGGCCUGUCGGUGUUCCGCUACGCCUACGACCUUGGGAAUUGGGAAAACUCGCUAUGGGCGGUGCCCCUCGGUGCAUCCGGCCACCCCGCCAGCAACCACUACGCCGAUCAGUCCGACAUGUGGCGUCGAGUCCAAAUGACCAAAAUGCGCUACGACUGGGAAGGGAUAAAAGCCAACGCUAAAACAACCCAAACCCUGCAGACGGGGUGA